ACAUCGCGCGAGCCGACCCGCACACAUAGUAUCCCUCAAAGUCCGCGACCAGUCUGAAGCUCCAUUUUUUUUAGGAUUCCCCAUUCCUCCUCUAAAGAAGAACAAACGCGCACAACGACCGAUCCUUUUAGGGUUUGUGAUCCGUCUAGGCAGUAAGAAUCGGAAUCUGGUGUUCGAAUUCUCGAUCGCUUAUAUGAUUUUGGUUCUGGGGUCGUUUUGAUCCGGAGCAUCGGUUCGGAUCUGCGAGAGUUAGGGUUUUAAGGAUCUCUUAAUGCAGAGGCCUGCUCGGCAUCUGGAGCGGUCGGGGACCAUGACGAGGGAGAAGCGCAGGCUGGAUCUGGACGACGGGGACGAACCGCAUCCUGAGUCGAAGCGGCCGAAGGUUCCGGCACUCGCGAGUGUGAUUGUUGAAGCACUCAAGGUGGAUAGCCUGCAAAAACUAUGUUCAUCACUGGAGCCAAUUCUUCGCAGAGUUGUUAGUGAAGAAGUGGAACGUGCAUUAGCAAAGCUGGGUCCUGCUAGGCUUGAGGGAAGAUAUUCUCCAAAGCGUAUAGAAGGGCCUGAUGGAAGAAACCUGCGGCUGCAUUUUAGAUCAAGGUUGUCUCUACCACUUUUUACGGGAGCAAAAGUUGAAGGAGAGCAGGGAGCUGCAAUUCAUGUUGUGUUGAUUGACGCAAAUACUGGCCUUGUUGUAACGUCAGGGCCCGAGUCAUCAGCAAAACUGGAUGUGAUUGUGCUUGAGGGUGAUUUUAACAUUGAAGAUGAUGAUAACUGGACUGAAGAAGAAUUUGAAAAUUACAUAGUCAAAGAGCGUGAAGGAAAGAGACCACUUUUGACUGGUGAGCUCCAGGUAACUUUGAAAGAAGGUGUGGGGACUCUUGGGGAGCUUAUCUUUACUGAUAAUUCUAGCUGGAUACGAAGUAGAAAAUUUAGGCUCGGUCUGAAGGUUGCAUCAGGCUUCUGUGAAGGUAUUCGUAUUCGUGAGGCAAAAACAGAAGCUUUUACUGUUAAGGAUCAUCGAGGGGAAUUAUACAAGAAACACUACCCACCUGAACUAACAGAUGAGGUUUGGAGAUUGGAAAAGAUUGGAAAGGAUGGGGCAUUCCACAAAAAGUUAAAUAAGAGCGGAAUCUUUUCGGUUGAAGAUUUUCUCCGGCUUGUUGUAAGGGAUCCACAAAGAUUACGGAAUAUACUUGGAAGUAGCAUGUCAAAUAAGAUGUGGGAUAGCGUUGUGGAGCAUGCCAAGACUUGUGUCUUGAGUGGAAAGUAUUAUGUAUACUAUACUGAUGAAACAAGGAAUGUUGGUGCAGUCUUCAAUAACAUUUAUGAAUUUAGUGGCCUGAUUGCUGGAGGACAGUUUUAUUCAGCUGAAUGUCUGACUGACAGCCAGAAGGUCUUUGCAGAUACAUUGGUGAAGAAGGCAUAUGAUAAUUGGAUGCACGUUAUAGAAUAUGAUGGCAAGUCUCUUUUAAGCUUCAGGCAGAGCAAGAAGACAACUGCUACACGAAGCGGACAGCCAUCAGCUUCAAAAACCCAUACUGCUUUAUAUGAUCAAGAAGCUUGUCAGCAGCAUAUGUCAACUACAGUUCCAGCUGAGCAUCCUGCAGUGGAUAGGGGAGUGGUUGCUGGAGGAGAUGCUGCUUCUGCUGGGUACAAUGGGAACCAAGUGAACAGAUACUCUGCUCAUCCCCAACAUGUGGAUUCAAAUAUCCAUAUGCAGUAUGAAAGCAGUUCAUUUGCCCCACAAAGUCUGCUCAAUGGAUCUUCUCAGCAAACUCAAAUUACAAGAAAUGAUAGCACUGGGCUAGCACUGGGCCCACCUCAACAGGCAACCCUCGGAUUUCAGCCAUUGGGCCAGUCAAUACUGUCAACAAACCUGAAUUCUUAUGAUGACUGGUCUCGUCAACGGGAUGUCCAGGCUGUUGAAGAUUUUAAUCUCUCGGAGGAAGAGAUCCGCAUGAGAAGCCAUGAAAUACUAGAGAAUGAAGAAAUGCAACAAUUGCUUCGUGUUUUCAGCAUGGGUGGGGCAUCCUCCAGUGUACCAGAAGAUGGAUAUGGUUUUCCAUCCUACAUUCCUUCUCCUUGCCCGAACUUUAACUUCGACGAGGAUCGUAACCGUUCAUCUGGUAGAGCUGUUGUUGGGUGGCUUAAGAUCAAAGCAGCUAUGAGAUGGGGCAUCUUCAUCAGGAAGAAAGCAGCUGAAAGGAGAGCUCAGAUUGUUGAGCUGGAAGAUUAGCAAAUGGAGUCAUGACAUAGUCGUCUUGGUCUUGUGCCAUAGCUUGCGGAAUUAGCUACCGACAUGAAAUGGGUUAACUGUAUACCAGGGAAUGAUGAUGCAGACCUCAAGCUCUGGUUAUGUGACUCCUUGUCUCGGCCAGCGAGUGCUUGUACAUGAUUCUUGGCUGUACAGUAAAGUAAGGUUCUUGUUUAGCUCUUCUGUUAUUAUGAUGUCUGCCCAUGUGCUCUGAAAGAUCUUUAGAAACUGUGCACUAGUUUACUCAAGACUGUUGACUCUUAUGUAAUGCCACCAAUAUAUGUUCACCAUAAUAUUGUUUUGAUUUAAUACCUUCAGAAUGUAACUCUGUAUUGUGUUGAAUAACUAUGGCACAAUUUUCGGGGAGUA